AUGGAAUGGACCCUCAUCUCAUUGUCGACGUUAGUAAUUGCCGCCCGUAUAUGGCUUCGACUCGGCCUUCAGAAGCAGCGUCUGCUUGGAAGCGAUGUUUGGAUGACGUGCGCGUGGGCAAUGGGUAUCAUCACUGCCUCAUUUUGCAUCACCUAUGUUCACAUGGGUGUCAUGGAGGAUGGUAUAGACCCUGGUCUGACGAAUUUCGAUGCAUCGGAUGAGAGGAAACAGUUGAUCCGCAAGUUACUCUGGAUAAGCGUUCUUCCCUUUGUAACGUCGUUCUACCUGUGCAAGGCUGCACUACUUAGUGUCUAUCAUCAAGUAAUUCCGAGAUUUAUGACGAAGCGAAGGACCUUUCUCUGGGCGACUGUUUCCUACGUCGUCGCUUCAUUCGUUGUCACGAUCGUUCUUCUGUUUACAAUUUGCACUCCCGUCAGCCGCUGGUGGACCUUUGAUAGCGACCGCCAAUGCCACAGAGAUCCACUCAUGUCAUUCUUCAGGGCCAUUUGGGCUCUCAACUUCACCUGCGACAUUUUUAGUAAGCUCUUACUCUCCUCACAUGUUCAAGUGAGAUGGAAAUGUGCUAACAGGCCAGUCUUUGUGCUCCCUUGGCUGAUUGUCCCGGAUCUGAUGAUCAAGGGAUGGCUUCGCAUCGGCAUAUACUUCACCUUCCUUCUUGGCCUGAUCAACAUGUCUCUGAGUAUUGUCCGCUACACCAAGGUCUACACUGGUGUCGAAGCAUCAUUAGUUACAAUACACUUCUGGAACUCGCUUGAUUUGUACAUUGGUCUUGUCAUUGCCUGCCUGCCCGCGUUGAGACCCUACUUCAAGUACGCAGCCGAGUCGCGCGCCUUCAACUACAUGAGAAGCAAGACCGGUACUCGUGGUAGUAGUCAGUAUACGGCAAACGCGACUACUGCGUCAUCUCAUGCUGCCAAGCUUUCACAAGUACCACCCAAGGGAUCAUUUGACGUAUCGGAAGAUCGUCUAUCACAAUUAUGCUUGGUCCAUGUAAGACCUGAGGAUGAAGAGAGAUACUAG